GUCAUGUUGUCCGCCCGCCCCCCACUCCAAAUAUUAAUUUACAUUUCUAAGGGUCCUGUCUACAACUGAACUGUUUCCAAGAGAGAAAAAACAGAUUUAACAGACACACCUUCACAACGGGAGAGGUGAACUCUUGUGUUUCUCUCUGCUGAGGUUCAUCUGAAGUCACUUGCCUCAGAGAAGUAUCGCUCAGGACGGAUUUCGAGGUCUGGACCAGACAGACAUACCAGAGGGACUGUCCCGUGUGCGCAGCAUUAUGGCAGAGCCAGAUUACAUGGAUGGUGACGGCGAUGAACUCAUAAAGCCCAAGAAACUCCUGAACCCGGUGAAAUCCUCCAGAAACCACCAGGACUUACACAGAGAACUCCUUAUGAACCAGAAGAGGGGUCUCGCGCCACAGAAUAAGCCUGAGCUUCAGAAGGUGAUGGAGAAGAGGAAGAGAGACCAGGUGCUGAAGGCCCAGAAAGAGGAGCAGGAGGCUCACAAGAAAAGAUCAGACCUGGAGAUCGAGCUCAUGAAGAGACGAGAGACACUUGAACAGUUGGAACUGGAUCAGCAUAAGGACGACGAGGAGCAAGAAAACACCCCAGAGUUCGUCAAAAUGAAAAGCAAUCUGAGAAGAACCAAACAAGAAGCGGACGGGCAGGAACGCAGCACCUAGAAACCCACUUUCAUGGCCCAUUCAUUGACAUGGCAGCCGGACUGUGGUUUGUGGGGAUUUCCUGGUGUUUCUCCCAAAUGUGUCCCUGUGAAACAAGUGACUGUAGACGAACAGUUCCUGUUGCCUGCUUGCAGACACAACCAGUAUUCACUCUGCCUCUUUUUCCUGAACAACCAUCACAAAUGAAGAGGAUUGACCAAUUAACACACACACACAAAACUCUUGCACAUGGACGCAGCCUCAUUGCCACCGGCUUUGAAAGAACAUGCAUGGCGGAACAAACAGAGACCACAUGAGUACAUUGUUGGGUAUUUUUUAUGAUAUUUUUGGAGGGGGGCACAUAUUAUUUUUACAAUUUUAUUUUCAAGAAAAAGCGGGACACUGGAUGAACUCUUUUAAGCCAAAACAAUCCUCUUUUAUUUAUGUUCAGUCUAGGUGUUUUGUUGGAAAGGGUGACAUUUUAUUUUCUCUUUUGGCUGACGAGUAAAAUGAAAAGGAAGCUAAAUAUAAAGUUGCAAGGUGUGACGGACGGAUCGUGCUUGCUUUUUAUGAACUGUAAUAUUUGUGCGCUCCCUCUUGCUCAAUUUCACUAAGCAAUACUAGUUAGUUUUGUGAGUUUUUCUUUGCAAAUAUUUUUGUUAUAUCUUUUUUUAUGAGAAUAUGUUACUAAUAAGUUAAUACACUUCAGUUCAAUGUGAUAAAUGCAAACGCAUCUGUUUUCUUUCACUUGAAUGAGGGAAGAGAACGUGAAAUGCUUAUUGAAGAAGAAAGACAUGUGGUUUUGUGUAGAUUUGAGCCAAUAAAUAACCACUCCUUGUGUUCCUUUAAAACUUCUUUUAAUAAAUAUAAUUAUUUUAUCAUGUUGAA